UUCCUGCCACCAUCAUGGUCGCUAGCGGAAACUUUUUGUAAAACAAACGUAGUAACCGUUGGAGCUAACAAAAAAAUAAGCGUCGUCUCUAGUCUUUACCCAAUUCUAUGGGAUGUUGGAAGUCGUCUCUUUUUGUUAACCGACUUGUUUUUUAAAGUUUAGCUGCUGAUAUGGCUGACAGAGCGGACCGGAGGAGGCAACCAGCGGGGCGGAGGAGCCGGCAGAUCCAGCCGAGGAAGGGCUCCGUCAGCCGGGUCACCCUGGAAAAGGUUCUUGGAAUCAGUACAGUCGGCAGCAGCUUUCUGACCUCUGACCCCGUUUCUGGGCGUAUCGCCUAUCCUGCAGGGUGUGUAGUGGUGCUGCUUCACCCGCAGAAGAACGUACAGAGUCACAUCAUCAACACGUCCAGGAAGCCCUUCACUGCGCUGGACUUCUCCCAUGAUGGGAAACACCUGGUCACUGGAGAGAGCGGCUACAUGCCCUGCGUUCGGGUCUGGGAGGUCGACGGAGGUCAGGUGGCCAAAGUCCAGGCGCAUAAGUACGGAGUGUCCUGCGUGGCGUUCUCCUCCACCAGCUCCUAUGUGGUUUCUGUGGGAUUCCAGCACGACCGGACCAUUAGCGUGUGGGACUGGAGGAAAGGCGCCAUCAUCGCCUCCAACAAGGUGUCCAGCUCCGUCUUCUCCGUCUCCUUCUCCAAGGACAGCAGCUACUUCGUCACAGCAGGAAACCGACACAUCAAGUUCUGGAACCUGGACGCCUCUAAAGAGCAGCGGGUGAACAGCACUGUGCCACUGAUUGGCCGCUCAGGGUUGCUAGGUGACUAUCAGAACAGCGUGUUCUGUGGAGUGGCAUGUGGGCGGGGCCUAACGGCAAACAACACCUACUUCGUCACCACAUCUGGAGUUCUGUGUCUGUUUAACAGCAGCCGGCAGCUGGAGGCCUGGGUCGAUCUAAAGACGUCGGUGGCAAGCAGCCUGGCGGUCAGUGAGGACUUUGUCUUCUGCGGCUGCGGGAACGGAGUUAUCAGAGUUUUCCGCCCGGCUGACCUGCAGUACAUCGGGACGCUGCCGCAGCCGCACCGGCUGGGCGUGGACCUGACCCGGAGCGCGCAGCACAGCAGCCCCCGUCCCGCCGACCCUGGGGCCCCGCAUCCCGACACGCUGGCUCUGAGCUUCGACCCCAGAGGCCAGCGCCUCGCCUGCGUCUACACCGACCACAGCGUCUACGUGUGGGACGUGCGAGACGUGAAGAAUGCCAAGAGGCUCUACUCGGCUCUGUAUCACAGCAGCUGCGUGUGGAACAUCCAGGUUUACCCGGAGCUGCAGGAUCCAUCUCAGGCCUGUCUGCCUCGGUCCUCCUUCCUCACCUGUUCCUCUGAUAACACCAUCAGGGUGUGGCACUCCGACGCCCCCGCCAGGCACAGGAACCUGUACAGCCAGGACCUGCUGAAGAUCCUCUAUGUGGGGGAGGACAUGCAGCACCUGCAGACUUCAGGGGAGAGGGGGGAGACUGAGGGUCCUGAUGGGAAGGCAGGAAUCAGAGUGCUGGGAAUCAGUCCCGAUGGGAAACACCUGGCGGCCGGAGAUCGCUGUGGAAACGUGAGGAUCUUUGGUCUGGAGUUCCUGGAUGAGCUGGUGAAGAUCGAAGCUCACGACUCCGAGGUGAUGUGCCUGGAGUUUUCUCCUGCAUCCACAGGAUUGAAGAUGUUGGCCUCAGCCAGCAGGGACCGACUGAUCCACAUCUUCAACGUGGAGAAGAACUACAGCCUGGAGCAGACCUUGAACGACCACUCGGCCUCUGUCACUGCUGUCAAGUUCACAGGUGAGAGUCCGGAGGUCCAGAUGGUGAGCUGCGGUGCCGACAAGAGCAUCUACUUUCAGACAGCUGAGCAGACAGCCGAUGGUUUGACGUUCUCCCGGCGCCACCACGUGGUGGAGAAGACAACGCUGUACGACAUGGACCUCGACCCGACCGGGGCUCACGUCUCCAUCGCCUGCCAGGACCGAAACGUCAGAGUUUACAACGUGGAGACGGGGAAGCUGGAGAAGAGUCUGAAAGGCUCAGCCACUGACGAAGGAGCUCUGCUCAAGGUGCAGAUGGAUCCAUCGGGCUCGUUCUUCGCCACCAGCUGCUCCGACAAGAACAUCAAUAUCUUUGACUCGGAGUCAGGAGAGUGUGUCGCCACACUGUUCGGUCACUCAGAGCUGGUCAGCUGCAUGAGGUUCAGUCAGGACUGCAGACACCUGAUCUCAGCGUCAGGAGACAGCUGUGUGUUUGUGUGGCGCCUGGACUCUCAGAUGACUGGCACCAUGAGGAAGAGGCGGGCCCUCAGAGUGAGCAGAGCGGCUAAGACCUGCCAAGUCAGGCCGCCCGACCUCAGAAGGGAGACUUUCAUCACGGUUCCAUCGUCCCAGCUGCCUUUGAUGGAGGAAGAGGUGCAGAAGGCAGCAGAUCAAAGGACUCCAGGAAAUCUGGAUUCUGCUCUUGAAACUGCGCUGCUUCAGACCAACGGGAAGAUGCCCAUCUGGUUCAGAAAAAUGGCGGAGACUGGUGCCGUCGCCCAAUUAGAAGCAGAGCCUCGUCAGGUUCGCAGCCAAUGGAUGGAGCCUCUGAGCCCUCUGACCAUCAGCAGGAAUCAGGAGGAAGAGGAGGAGCAGCAGCAGCAGGAGGAGGAGGAGGAAGACUUUCAGCCUCAGAGUCUGGACAGCCUGUUGGGAGACGAGGAGGAGGAGGAUAAUGAUGAAGAGAAAGCAGUUCAGAAUUCUACCUUCAUCCUACAGCCAGACGACUGCAACUCCUCCUUAACCCAGAGGGACUUCAGAGUGGAGGGGGUCAGAGGUCAGGGGGUGGAGCCUGUGUGGCGGACACAUCCAAGCCCGGACUCUGCAUGCUCCGAAGGUUCUGCAGGAAGUCUGGAGCAGCAGCAGGACACCGACACGGACUCGCUGAGUCAGGGCAGCUCGGUGGGCAGUCUGGGUCCAGAGGACGACGAGGACCGGGACUCUUUGAAGAACCACUUUGCCAGUCUGGCCUCUAGUCUGAAUGAAGAACGAUUCGAUACGGACCUGACAAAUCUGCAGCCAUCUGAGGAGAAACCUUUCCUGAACCCUCGACUCAGCAUCUCCACCCGCUUCCUGUCCCGCUUCCAGGACAGAGUCAGAGCCCGACCCGGUCGAGCUCCCGACUCCAUUCUUGGCAGGAUCUCAGAGGAGAGCAACACCAGAAGCAGAUCGGGGGAAUCCCAGCUGAAACGCUCCAAUGAAUCUGCAGGUUUGACUCUGAGAGAAAAGGCUGAUGUGAGCGGUAAAGCAGUCCUCCGUAGGAGAGCUUCCUGUGGGGGAUCCCCUCAGCCCCAGCGCCGCCUCCCCCGCAGACGAAACACUGUGCUGGUGCUGCAGUGCAGGAAGACGUUGGGAGACAUCACCUCCAGGAACCAGAUGACCAACAGCGCUACAGCAUCUUCACUCCCACAGGAGGAGACUCAGCUCACAUACCUGCACGUCUCCACCACGUCCAAGCCAGGGUUGGAUCACCCUGCCUCAUCCCAGGAGAACAAGGAGAACCUGAUGUCUGCCUCAGAUCCCCUGCCAUCACCCACCCCCCUCCAGUCUGAUCCAGACCUCCACAUCCCAAACACCAUUGAUCCCCAAGAGCAGAGCAGCAGUCUGCAGGUACUGGCCACACCCACCAUGUCACAGUGUGAAGGAGGCAGGUGGAGUGUUGGCAGCUUGGAAGAGGCGUCAACCAAUCCAAACACAACACUAAUCCAGAGUCCCGCCCCUUCAGCGCCACCCACUGUCAAAAAGGUGGAGGGUCCGUGUGUAAAAGGAAUCCAGACCGACCCAGCUGAUUCUUCGCUCCCUGCCACGCCCACUUUUUCCUCCUCUCCCUUAUUGGAGACGCCCCGCCCCCAGACAGCUGACCCCACCCAUCCUACAGGUGAAGAAGAGAAGGCUGUCAGUUUGCAGCAGACUAGGCAGGUUGCCAACGAGCUGCGUUUGGCGACACAACGAGCCAUCCAUCUUUACCAGCAGAUUGGCGGCUCUGAACGCUACCUGGAGAGCUCUUCCCUUCUUCAGGAGGCCUUCGCCGCCGUUCUCGGGGAGCUGCAGGGUGUGACCCCACCAGCGUGCAGUAGCGCCCCCGUUGGUCAGAUGCAGGAUGAGCAGACUAAGGUCCUGCUGGAGAAAUACUCUGAGCUCCUGGUUCAGAUGACUCGGAACAAACUGAAUAAAAUCUGAAGCCAAACAACUACGGGUACGGAGGCUGACAGGGGACAGAAUUCAGUCAGCGGACAAACUUUGAAAAUAAAGGCACCUUAUUGUUUUCCAGCCAGCAGUAUUUUAUUUUUAUUUUUAAAUCACACUCACUGUUUUAAUAAAAAUUAAGCUUAAAUUUUUAAUAAAAUGUUGUUUGAUCA